UAUGAAAAAGAGGUGAUAGAGAAGAGAGUUCAUUAGAAUUAUAGGUAGCAUAUGGCUUCCAAAACCUUUUUCUCCAAGUCUUUCCUCUCCGCUUACCGCUCUCUCCGAUCCAAUUGGCCGCUACUAUCGCUUCACCGAUCGAGUAAAGACCACCAUCACCACCACCUCAAGACUCACCUCUCCAAUUUGAGUGGCAAGGCCUUGGUGGUAGAUGUUGAGGGAGGCCUCCUUAGGUCCUCCUCCACCUUCCCUUACUUCAUGCUUGUCGCCCUCGAGGCCGGAUCCAUCCUUAGAGGCCUCCUCCUCUUGCUUCUCUAUCCUCUCCUUUGCUGCCUCACACAAGAGUUCGCCAUUAAGAUCAUGGCACUAGUUGCUUUUGCGGGGAUCAAGGAGGAGAAAUUUAGGGCAGGGCGGGCAGUCUUGCCUAAGUUUUUCCUCGAAGCCACUGGAGUAGUACUAGAGGUGCUUAGUGAGGCAAAAAUCAAGAUGUGCAUUAGUCGAAUGCCGAGGGUGAUGGUGGAAGGCUUCCUCAAGGAGUAUUUGGAGGUCGAGAUAGUGGUGGCGAGGGAGCUCAAAGUGUUUGCAGGAUACUAUACUGGCCUCAUGGAGGAGGAAGCUGAUCAAUAUAGGGAUGGAGUGGUGCUCAUGGAGAAGAUGGCAUCCUUGCAUGGAAGCAUUUUAGGGUUUGGAAGCAAGUCUUCUCCCCACCCCCUUCUUUCUCAAUGCAAGGAAGUACAGUUGGUGAGCGAAGCAGAGAAGAGAAAAUGGCAUGGCGUGCUGCGGCCAAACGGCGCCGCCUUCCACAACCCGCUCGUCUUCCACGACGGACGCAUGGCUUUCCUCCCCACGCCCGCCGCCACUCUCGCCAUGUUCCUAUGGCUUCCCUUCGCCCUCGCGCUCCUCCUCCUCCGCUGCCUCCUCUUCCUCUGCCUACCGUACUCCAUCUCCGUCCCCCUCGGCGCCGUCACCGGCGUGACCAACCGCCUCCUCCGUGCUACUCCCUCGCCCCGCCAGGACGGCUUCGGAGGCCGCCUGUACGUCUGCAACCACCGCACUCUCCUCGAUCCCAUCUACGUCUCCGGCGCGCUCAACCGCCCCAUCGUCGCUGUCACCUACAGUGUGAGUCCGGUGUCCGAAGCGCUGUCUCCGAUCCGCACGGCGCGGCUGGCUAGGGACAAGGAGGAGGAUCGGCGGCGGAUGGAGCAGCUACUGGGGCGGGGCGACGACCUGGUGGUGUGCCCCGAGGGGACCACCUGCCGCGAGCCCUACCUGCUGCGCUUCAGCCCCCUGUUCGCGGAGCUGGCAGAGGAGGUGGUUCCCGUCGCGCUCUCCGCCGGAGUCACCAUGUUCUACGGCACCACCGCCAGCGGCUUCAAGUGCUUCGACCCUUUCUAUUUCCUCGCCAACCCGUGGCCGCGGUACGAGGUGGAGUUCCUGCCGGCGGUGGCGACGGGGACGAUGGUGAGAGAGGGGCGGAGCAGCUGCGAGGUGGCCAACCUCGUGCAGGGCCAGAUCGGGGCGGCGCUGGGAUUCCAGUGCACCGCGCUCACCAGGAAGGACAAGUAUUUGAUGCUUGCAGGGAACGAAGGGGUGGUGGAGCAGAAGAAGAAGAAGAAUCUGCAGCGAUCCUGGACUUCCUGCCUGAUGAAAUGAUUUUAGAUAAUAAAUUUAUUUCUAAAAUAUACAUUUGCAUGUGUCGAUCGACUUUAUCAUAAUCUGCUUGUUUUUUAUGGUUAUUUUAAUUGAUUUAGUUGAGUAUCUUCAUCCUUGAUUUGGUUUCUUGCAUUUUGAUUGAUUUCCUUCUAUACUUAAGAGAAUAAUGUAGAUAUUCUGUAA